CUCUACUGCAAUGGCGAUGGCGGCGCAUUGAAGAGCGGAGUUGGGCGAGUUUCCCUUUGUUUUACAGAGAAUUAAAAGGAAACCUUUAGUCAUGCACAGCGAGCCAGUGCUGAAUCCGGCGUGAAGAAGGGAGUAGCUCUUGCAUUUGUACAUUUUACCUCAGGUGGUCGGAGCUGUCGGGCUGUAAAAGCAAACAGCAGCCUAUAUGCAACCGCCCCGAAUACUUCUCACAUCUGCAUGCGAUAAGCGAGUAGCUCGCGUGUAUCCACCGACCAGCUCAUCUGAGCCACAACAAACCCUCUGUCCGGUGCGGACCUGGAUCUACCUGACUCCACCGGGAACAUUAUGGCAGAACGCAAUUCCACCGGAUUACUCAUGAUGAUGUUGGAGCCGUCACCGGCGAUCGCGAUGACUCUCCCAGCGGAGGUGCGCGAGAAGCUGGCGGAGCUCGAGCUGGAGCUCUCCGAGGGUGACAUCACACAGAAAGGCUAUGAAAAGAAAAGAGGGAAAUUGUUGGCACCCUACAUACCACAGAUACAAGGUGUAGAUCCCUCUCUGCAGAUAGAGCACAGGAUCCAGACAUCACACGUGGUUCCUCCAGGCUCUAAACAGAACAAGUCCAGGGCGGCUGCCUCAAGGGAUGAGCGCUUCCGAUCAGACCUGCACACAGAAGCAGUACAAGCAGCCCUGGCAAAAUAUAAAGAGAGAAAGAUGCCGAUGCCCUCAAAGAGACGCUCUGUUCUAGUGCAGUCCUCAGUUGAAGCAUGCACACCUCCAGACACCUCCUCCGCAUCAGAAGACGAGGGCUCGCUGCGCCGGCAGGGACAGAUUGCCUCCUCGUCUCCUUAUCAGGCCCACCCUAGCGUAGAGCACUGGUUUAACAGAGUCAUCCAGGGCUCGUCCACAUCAUCAUCUGCAUCCUCUACCUCUUCCCACCCUGGAGGGAGAAACCACCACGCCACAAACACCACCUCUGCCUCAGCCGCUACAGUACUGGCCGACCUCAUGGCACACACCCAGCUAGACAACCACAGCGCCCCCCCAGAUGUGACAGGCCUGUCGGUGCACUCUGUGCAUGCGGAGCGUCCACAUGUGGCAUCAGUGCGAGGGAUUCCACGUGGAUACACACACACCGGUGUCAUGGAGACCGCUGACGGCGUUCCAGUCAACAGUCGAGUGUCAUCUAAGAUUCAGCAGCUCCUAAACACACUGAAAAGGCCAAAGAGACCCCCUUUACGAGAGUUCUUCGUAGAUGAUUUUGAAGAACUUUUGGAUGUCCAGCAUCCAGAUCCAAACCAGCCCAAGCCGGAGGGGGGUGAGAUGAGAGCCCUGGAUGGGGAGCCGCUGGGUGUGGUCACGAACUGGCCCCUGUCAUUACUGGCUUCCCUGCAGCGCUGGGGCACGACACAUUCCAAGAGCCCCUGCCUCACCUCACUGGACAACGCUGGCAAACCCGUCUACACACUCACAUAUGGGAAGUUGUGGACUCGAAGUCAGAAACUGGCCUUCACGCUGCUGAAUAAACUGAGCACUAGGAAUGAACCACUAUUGCGGCCUGGAGACAGAGUUGCACUUGUAUUCCCCAACAAUGAUCCUGUGAUGUUUAUGGUGGCGUUUUAUGGAUGCCUCCUGGCAGAACUGGUGCCCGUGCCCAUAGAGGUGCCACUCACUCGAAAGGAUGCAGGCAGUCAGCAGGUGGGAUUUCUGUUGGGCAGCUGUGGGGUCACUCUCGCCCUGACCACUGACGCCUGUCAAAAGGGUUUGCCCAAAGCACAGACCGGAGAGGUCGUCACCUUUAAGGGUUGGCCACGAUUGUUGUGGUUUGUUACUGAUGGAAAGCAUGUUGUGAAGCCCCCUAAAGACUGGCAUCCUCAAAUAAGAGAUGCCAGCAAUGAAAUAGCAUACAUAGAGUAUAAGACGUGUAAGCAGGGCAGUACCAUGGGCAUCACCGUGUCUCACUCAGCUAUGCUGUCUCACUGUCAUGCGCUCACACAGGCCUGUGGCUACACAGAAGGUGAGAUCAUAACAAAUGUUCUGGACUUCAAACGAGAUGCUGGUCUAUGGCACGGGGUCCUUACGAGUGUGAUGAACCGAAUGCACGUGAUCAGCAUCCCGUACUCGCUGAUGAAGGUCAACCCACUCUCCUGGAUCCAGAAAGUUCACACUUAUAAAGCGCGUGUAGCAGUGGUGAAGUCCAGGGACAUGCACUGGUCACUUUUAGCCCAGCGGGAUCAGAGAGACAUCAGUCUUAGCUCUCUCCGCAUGCUCAUCGUUGCUGAUGGAGCCAACCCAUGGUCUAUUUCCUCCUGCGAUGCCUUCCUAAACGUAUUUCAGGCCCGUGGGCUUAGGCCAGAGGUGAUUUGCCCAUGUGCAAGUUCUUCUGAGGCCAUGACUGUCGCCAUCCGCAGGCCUCCAGAGAUGGGCGUUCCUCCUCCGGGUAAAGCAGUGCUGUCUAUGAGUGGUCUUAGUUAUGGAGUGAUCCGAGUGGACACAGAGGAGAAACUCUCCGUCCUCACUGUCCAGGAUGUUGGACAGGUCAUGCCUGGAUCCCUGGUGUGUGUAGUUCGGUUAGAAGGAAAACCGUAUCUGUGUCAAAUGGAUGAGGUUGGUGAAAUCUGCGUGAGCUCAAGCAGUACAGGCAUCUCUUACUAUGGCCUGCCAGGAAGGACCAAGAAUGUCUUUGAGACCAUUCCAGUGACAGCAUCAGGAGCUCCUAUAAGUGACAGACCCUUCACGCGCACAUCUCUGCUGGGCUUUAUUGGGCCGGAUAAUCUGGUGUUUGUGGUAGGGAAGAUGGAUGGACUGAUGGUGGUGAGUGGACGGAGACAUAACGCAGAUGACGUGGUGGCCACAGCACUGGCAGUGGAGCCCAUGAAGUUUGUCUACAGAGGAAGGAUUGCAGUGUUCUCAGUAUCUGUGCUGCAUGAUGAACGCAUUGUUGUGGUGGCAGAACAGAGACCUGACGCAUCAGAGGAGGACAGCUUCCAGUGGAUGAGUCGCGUACUGCAGGCUAUAGACAGCAUCCAUCAGGUAGGAGUAUACUGUUUGGCUCUGGUGCCUGCUAACACAUUACCCAAAGCCCCUCUGGGCGGCAUUCACAUCUCAGAGACCAAACAGCGCUUCCUGGAGGGAGCCCUGCACCCCUGCAACGUUCUCAUGUGCCCUCACACCUGCGUCACCAACCUGCCCAAACCUAGACAGAAGCAACCGGGCACAGAUGUGGGGCCUGCUUCCAUGAUAGUUGGAAACCUGGUGGCAGGAAAGAGGAUCGCACAGGCCUGUGGAAGAGACGUAUCACAGCUGGAAGACAAUGAUCAGUUCCUGUAUAUGCAGGAUGUUUUGCAGUGGAGGGCUCAGGCCACUCCAGAUCACCCACUGUUUCUUCUGCUCAACGCCAAGGGCACUGUGGCCAGCACUGCCUCCUGUGUACAGCUGCACAAGCGGGCAGAGCGUGUGGCCGUAGCGCUGAUGGAGAGGGGCCGGCUCAACACUGGAGACCAUGUAGCACUUGUUUAUCCUCCUGGUAUUGACCUGAUUGCCACUUUCUAUGGCUGUCUGUACGCCGGCUGUGUUCCCGUCACUGUCAGGCCUCCACACCCACAGAACUUAACCACUACCCUUCCAACUGUUAAAAUGAUUGUUGAGGUCAGUAAGUCUGUGUGUAUUCUGACAACACAAGCAAUAAUGAAACUACUGAAAUCUAAAGAGGCAGCGGCAGCCGUGGAAAUUAAAUCGUGGCCGCUGAUCUUAGACACAGAUGAUCUCCCUAGAAAGAGAAUUCCUCAGAUCUACAAACCACCUACUCCAGAGAUGUUAGCCUACCUGGACUUCAGUGUUUCUACCACAGGAAUACUUGCUGGGGUCAAGAUGUCCCAUGCUGCCACCAGUGCCUUGUGUCGUUCUAUUAAGCUACAGUGUGAGCUGUACCCCUCUCGACAGAUCGCCAUCUGUCUGGAUCCCUACUGUGGCCUGGGCUUUGCCCUCUGGUGUCUCUGCAGUGUAUACUCAGGCCAUCAGUCAAUACUGGUUCCUCCUCUGGAGCUGGAGAGCAAUGCAUCUGUUUGGCUGUCUGCUGUCAGUCAGUAUAAAGUUAGAGUGACGUUCUGCUCAUACUCUGUCAUGGAGAUGUGUACCAAAGCCCUGGGCUCACAGACUGAAGCUCUGCGGUUAAGGAAUGUUAAUCUGUCGUGUGUACGGACCUGCAUGGUGGUGGCAGAGGAGCGUCCCCGCACUACACUCACUCAGUCCUUCUCUAAGAUCUUCAAAGACCUGGGCAUGUCCCCACGUGCCAUCAGCACCACCUUUGGCUGCAGGGUCAAUGUGGCCAUUUGUCUUCAGCCCAAUAGGCUGGGCAAUUUGGCAGAGCAGGGCACCGCUGGACCAGACCCCACCACAGUGUAUCUAGACAUGAGAGCCCUUCGCCAUGACAGGGUUCGAUUAGUUGAGAGAGGCUCACCACACAGUCUGCCACUAAUGGAAUCUGGGAAGAUUCUGCCUGGAGUGAAGGUUAUAAUUGCCAAUACAGAAACCAAAGGUCCAUUGGGAGAUUCUCACCUGGGAGAAAUCUGGGUGAGCAGCCCCCAUAAUGCCACAGGAUAUUAUACUGUUUAUGGGGAGGAGGCGUUACACGCUGACCACUUCAGCACCAGACUGAGCUUCGGUGACACACAGACAGUGUGGGCUCGCACUGGAUAUCUUGGCUUCUUACGUCGCACAGACCUUACAGACGCCAGUGGAGAGCGCCAUGAUGCAUUGUAUGUGGUUGGAUCUCUUGAUGAGACUCUAGAGCUGCGGGGAAUGCGUUAUCAUCCCAUUGAUAUUGAAACGUCUGUGAUAAGGUCACACAAGAGCAUUUCAGAGUGUGCUGUGUUCACAUGGACUAAUCUAUUGGUGGUUGUCGUGGAACUCGAGGGCUCAGAACAAGAAGCUCUGGAUCUUGUGGCACUGGUGACUAAUGUGGUGCUGGAAGAGCACUAUCUUAUAGUGGGGGUUGUUGUGGUGGUCGACCCUGGAGUCAUUCCCAUCAACUCCAGAGGUGAAAAGCAGCGCAUGCACUUGCGGGAUGGCUUCCUCGCCGACCAACUGGAUCCGAUAUACGUGGCCUACAACAUGUGAGAAUGUCUAACAUGGAGGAACAGAACCAGAUGCCAGAAAAAUCUGCAUAUGCAAACAUGUACAUUUACAUAAGGGAAGGGAAGAAGAGUUACAGUGAAAGUCUGGAUGGACAGCCUUGCCUCUUUACUUUCUCUUCCACAAACAUGAAGAGUCCUUGAUGGAGCUAUGCAGUUUAUUUUUUUAUAUCAAUCUGUCAGAAUGCCUUGAACAUAAAACUUUAACUCCAGUGUGUCAGGGCAAAAGACUGCAAAGACGAUUUCAUCUCCUGAUUUCUUGUGUGGCAUAACUAUGAGUUUUUAUCCAAGCACACUUGUUCUGCACAUACAACACAAACUGGUGUAGAAUGUUCCUUGUGUGUUAUGAGGACUGGCCCAGUUGGGCAAAGGAGUGCCUGAUGUCAGAAGCAGGAUGCAGAGUCCAGGAGCAGUAUGCAGAUCUUCAUUUUUAUUACAAGGGUGUUUCAAAAUUUGUAAUGCAUUUAAUUUCAUAGCAUUACUAUUGCCAAUAGUGUAGCUGUAAAGAUAAAACACAAACCAAGAGCUCUGAAUUGUUUGUGCUUUUUUUACACACUUAAAGGUGAAGUAUGUAAUUUCUAUGCGACUAGCAUCACCAAAAUAAUUGCCGUUGGUCGGACCUGUCCUUCUCAUAGUCCAGUCAAACAGAUAAUCCUAGCAAAAACUAAUGCAAUUAGUUGAGCUAAUGUUGCUGCGUUGGGUUGGUUGGCAUAUUCAAAUUAACAGAGCAAUUGUUUUGAGCAACAUUGUUUACUCUUUUUCAGGGCAGUCAACCUACAAAUAAACUGCAGUACAGUCAGUUUUCUCUGAAUGUGAAAAUACUUGAGCUACACCUGUCUCUCACAGAAGAGAGAUCCGAUUUUGGUCAAAUAAACCAUGACCUAUAGAUAGUUUAACAGAAAUCUCUUAAAAAAUUUUUUAUAAAAUGACAUCAUUUAAUAUUUCACUAUAUUUUCAGAGUUUGGACACCUACUGGUGGAAUCUCCAAACUCACUGAAUUUAGACUUUGUGCUGAGAUAAGAUGUGAUUUUGAAACACCUUAGUGCAUUGGCCUAUUUUUUAGGAAAAUAGCAAAGUGCGCUUUGUGCCACUUCAUUAGCAUACAAUAAACCCAUAUGAAUAAACUUGUGCUUUGCGGUGGCACGAAAAUUGCACUUAGAAUCAGUGCUCUCAAAACAAUUGGAUAAGACAUAGUCCCGGUCGUUGCGAGUAGUGCUGCGCUUUGCACGAUUAUGAAAAUAGAGCCCACUGUGCUUUACAUUUGCAGGGCAGUAUAGCUGUCUUUACAUAUUAAACUGGCAUACGUUUUUUUAACAUCAAACAAUUACAAACUUCACCUUUAAAAAUGUAUUAAAUCUUUGAUAAAUAUUUUAUUCCUUAAACCAAAAGGCAAUAAUGGGGUUGGAGUUUUUUUUUGAGAAAGCAGUACUGAAAGUGUGCUGUGGAUAUGCUGCUCCACAAAUUCACAAGCAUAUGCAUUCCCCGCUAGUGUUUUAACAUGGGCCUUAAAGUUUUUCAUAUGCACGUGGACCAUUUGUUAUUUUAAUACUGUUUUCCAUUCAUAUUAUGAUGUUUCUUUCAAUUGUCAGCUAGACUGUGCAGGACAGGAAUCAGGGUAAUAAUGAUGAUUAGAUGAAAAGUCUUCUUCAGGUAACCAAGUCCCAAUCUGAUAAAUAUUUCUGUUCAGAUUCACUUUAUAAGAGUUCUUGUCACUUCAGGCCUUUUUUUUUUUUUUUUUAACAGUAUGACAUACCAUUCAUGGCUAGAGUUUAUAUUCCUGCUUCAGAUGAAUGUAAGAAAGUGACAUUUUAGUCUCCUAUGCAUUAUUAUUAUUAUUAUUAUUAUUAUUAUUAUUAUUGAUAAGUAGCCAUUUCUCUUAAUGUAUAAUUAAUUACAAAAGACCAAACAGAUUGGACAUCUAUUUCAGGAAAAAAUGACCACUGCAGGUGAAGGCUUUUAAUGCUUAUUUUCAUUACGGUGUUAAAGCGUGGGGAAAAUUGCUUGUAUUUGUUCAGACACACUGUACACUGCGCUGGCCAGCACUGUAAAGACCACUUCUAACAAUAUUUGCUUUGUUUUAUUGUGUUCAUUGCUUAAAGGACAGGCAGCAAGACUGCUGUAAUUAUGUACAGAAUUUGUGUAAUAACUUAUUACUGGGAUUCCAGAAACCCGUGAACACUUUUCGCAUUGUUUUUGCAGCGUGGAGGAAACUAGACACUGCUCAAAUCAAAGCUUAAUUUCUUGACCAAACAGUAAGGGGAGCAACAUUAGCCCCCAUUCACGUGAGACUUGUGAAAGGUGAGACUGGUUUUGCUGCAAGGAUUGUAAAGCACAUACAGCAUCUGUAUCACAGAAUGAUUGUGUGACUAUUAGUGUUCAUUUUUUGUAGUUCUGUUAUUUAGUGAAUAUUUGGUUGACACAGCUUUUCACUUAUGUUAAUAUUUCUUAAUAAAAAAACAUGC